GUAGAAAAAAAGAUGGAGGCUCUACCGAGGCUUCCAAUGUUAUCAUUCGAAUUAAAGCAUAGUCCAGUAUACAUAGAAUUUGGACUGACGCUGAAACAAGUGUGUAUAUUUCUUUAUUGUUCUUAUUUCUUAAAUGUUUGGAUGGGGUGAUGGAUUAUUUAUUACUUCUUGUAUUCUGAUGAUUCAUAGUCAUUCAUCUAUGAUGCGACUUUCUUUUUUUGUGUGUGUUGUGUUCCAAAACGCCAAAAGUAAAAUAAAGCCAAAGGCUAAACUGGCUAAGUGUGGAAAGAUUAAAGGCUAAAGGAGUAAAACAAUAAUAAUAAUAUUUUUUUAAAAUUUGUAAAUGGUAAAAAAUAAUUCUUAAUUCUCAACCAAUCAUCAGUUAAAGACUUUAAAUACAGAAUAUGAAUAGAGGUACCCAGAAUAGAGUAGUCAGAAUACCGUGGAUUUGGUUUUCCUUGGACUGAUUGAUAAUUUUCCUAUUCAAUUGAAUUUGUCUGUCAGUGUCAGGCUUGCAAUUUUCUCGGCUGACCAUGAAUGAUCACAUCCCUUGCCCUGAAGUGCCUAGACUGGGCCUUACCAGGCCUAAUGUGCAAUAAUAUAGGCCUAAGAAAGAGAGUUGUGAAUGUAGGAACUUCUUUUAUAGGCCUAAGAAAGAGAGUUGUGAAUGUAGGAACUUCUUUUAUCAACAUUCAUGUAUUCAGUCCUCGUGCACCUAUAAUUACUAACUAUAAGUAUAAUUAGUACUUGAGGCAAUGGGCAAGGGUACCACUUCUGUGGUACUUUGAAAGCACUCUGAUGGGUCAGAUUCCUGUAUGUUAUGCAGAUAUUUCUCAAUAAAGUUCUGCAUUAGGUCUCUUUGGUCAAUAUAGCCCUGCUGCCUCCCCCCAUGUGAUGUGCAGUUCAAGUCCAGUAAACUGGCCUGCUUCACUCCUGAUGCUGAUUAUGCUGGCAUUUCCUUUAGUUAUUUUUCUGUAGCAAAUCGGUUUUUACUGGAUUGAGUUCCUAGCCCCACCAACCCUCCUCCUGACUUUGUUCAGGCAAUGGUGUUGUGUGAGUUUCAAAACAGUACUGAGUAAUCAAACUGAAAAAGAAGUUUUAAAACUCAAUUUUUUUACUUUGAAUUUUAAAUUUUUAUAUUUUCACACUACUUUUUAAUUUAGCUUCAUUAUUUAGAAGAGCGCUAUAAAAUAUUUUUAUUCAACUCAGUCAUUCUUGAUUUUUACAACAGAUUUUUCACUCAUUUAUUGUCCCAGUCUUAGAAGCUAAAUUACAGUGUAACACCAAACAAUUAAAUUAAUCUUUUAAGUUCUAUAGUCAGAUAUCCUUGUGUAUAAAGAUUUUAUAUAAGAAGUGGUUUACUGGAGGUUCCUAGGGUUCAUUUUCAGUAAAAUUUCUCUUGGACUGUUACAUUAUCAAAUAAUAACUGCAGGUCAUGCUGGAGCCGCAGUCAUCUUUACCUGAUUCUGCAAUGUUGUAUUUGUUGAUGGUGGUGGAAACAAAGGGAGUUCUGUUAUUAAAUACAUGAGUCAAAAUGCUGCCAGACCAGAGGCUUUUAACCUUUUCGGUAGAGCCAUACCCCCUCUUGUUUUCAAAACAUUUCAUGCAACCCUGUCUCAAUUUUAAAACAUAUUUCCUGCACCUCCACAAUAAAAAUGCUAAGAGAAAUUCAAAUAAAUCUGAUUUACCUGCACUCCCAGGGGGUGCGAGCACCCAGGGUUAAGAAACCUGCGUUAAAGAAAGGAAACUAAACACUUUGUUUUCGUGGCAGAAUAGUAUGACACACUUUAUCAGGAUGUAAACAGUUUUCUAAUUUUUUUUAAAAUCUUUAAUAAUCAAAGAUAAAAUGUUGCGGUUUCAUGACUCUCACAAAUUAAAUUAGUGCACUUCUUGCUAUUUCAUAAACAUAUUUUAAAUCUGCAUUCAAUUAAAAAAACAGACUAAUCUAGUUAUAAAAGAAUGGUUGAAGAAUGGGGAGAGUUAUUAUUCAUCAUCAUACUGAUAUGCCCUAGUGUGCCCAUAUAAUAUCUAGGAUCUCUCAUUUUGAUCUGUCUGUUUCUUCCAUCUCCAUGUUUCUCCACACCAUCCUCAUUACCCUAGAAUAUUCUAUUAUUUUUAAAUUCUAUUUCCAUGUAUCAACUCUUACAAGUGCAAAGUAAUCAGCUCUUAUUUAAAAUGAAUUAUUUUGUGUCAUUUAUUUUAGUAUAUCAGAGAUCAUUAUGGGGAAGACCCAGCUCUCUACAACAAAGCCUGCACUGACCUGGAGCAGCUUAGACUGGUAUUUUUAAAAUUUAUAACUAGAUAUUAAAACCUUUUAAAACUCAAAAACAUGCAUUCAGUUUAACAGUUAACAAUAAAUGUGUAACUUUUAUUCAUACUCAUCUUUUCUUACUUUAGUCUGCUAUAGAAGUGAGCAGAGAUUUCACAGGAUGCUCAACUUUAAAAAAGUACUAUGCACAGCUAUUAUAUUUGCAAGGUCGGUUUCCUAUGGCAGAAGGUGGGGAGGCAGCCAUUGCUUUCACAUGGUAAGAAUUAUUGUGCUUAUAUAAUCUGAAAUUUUCCAUAGUAUGAAGGUCCUUUUCAAGCUGAUUUUGAGCUACGUUGUUGUUUAAUCUAUUUAAAUUGCAUAAAUUAAAAUUCCGUCUUUUUGUUGCAUGUAAAUCAAUUGAUAUAACCUUGUGCCUCAAAUCUCCAAAGAUUAUCCAUCCACCCCUGUGGCGCCACAGCCCGUAAAUGGCUUUGGCCUGGCUCACUACAUCCUUCUACUCAGACCUAACUAAUGCUUUUAUUUUCCAUGCUUGGAUUCCCAGCUGUUGUAGAUCUUUUUCCACAUAAUCCAACCAUCUAAGCCUAGGUCUGCUUUUGCGCUGUUUUCCUCUGGGGUUUUGGUGAUGCACCCUCUUCACUCCUCUGUCAUUUGGCAUUCUCUCUAAGUGUCCCGCCCAGCGUAGCCUACCGUUUUUUUAUUUCUGACACUAUGUUGGGAUCUUGAUAUACACUGUCAAAAGUUUAUGUAAUUUAUAUAUAUUAUGUAUGGAGUAUUACUCAACAUGAGCUUUCAAAUCACCAGUCUCACCUUAUGAUGUAUUCAGUUUGUUAUGCAUCAUAUAAUUUGAAUAGUUUUGAAUACGCUCUUACUAUGUCAGGGGUCUCAAACUUGCGGCCCGCGUUAAAUUUGCGGCCCGCACGAUGAUAUUUUGCGGCCCGCUAACUGACAGCAAAGUUUAGCGUUAAUGUGGCCCACACAUUUUCCCUAUUCUCUAUAAUGUGAUAAUACUCAGUGACGGUUUCAGUCUAAGCUCACGAAUAGUCUAAAUCUGAUUUUUAUUAUGUUUGUAUAGAUUUGGAUGUUGAUUAUGAGCGUUUUAGAAUCAGACUACAAGUUUUUAUUUUAUAGCAUUUUAUGAGACAAACAUGGCUAAAGUUUUGGUUUUGAGAAAAGAUUAAAAAGUCAGUUGGUGAGUAAUGCACAGCUACAAUUGUGUUAAAUCGUAGCAAUCUGACACAGUAUCAAAGAAUCCCUAUUACAAUUGCCGCUAGUGUUUACGAGUGAGUGAAAGGCCAAGCCUGUCAGCUCGGUCACUUUCAUAAUAGAGUUCGUCAAAAAUGCCUUUUCUACAAUAAAGAAAAUCAAAAUUCAUCCUCCCUUCAAGAGCAUCUUCAUUUACAUCAAUAAUACAUCAAUAUUGUCUGCACCUGCUUGCUGUUUGAACACGUUUUAGCAUUUAAAGCCUUCAUGGAAAGGGUGAGGUGGUUGUUCCUGUAUUAAGUGAUCCAAAUGGCUCAUGGACUUGGCUUUAUUGUUUUGUUGAUAUUACACAGGAGCUGAAUGUACUUAACAAGAAGUUACAGGACCAGGGGCAUCUUGUCAGUGUUUCUAUGACAAUAUCGGGGCAUUCUGCACAAAACUUGUGUUAUUGUUCUCAGAGAACCAUUUCCCAACAUGAAAGUUCUCGUCGACUCGGGCACACAAUUCAGUAGUAAAGUAUACUGAUGCCAUUGUUAAGCUACAGGAAGAAUUUGAUCAAAGAUUUGCAGACUUCAAAAUACACACAGCCACUUUUCAACUUUUUGCUGACCAUUUCUUCUUCAUUGUGGAAGAUUGAAUUUUUUUUUGUUUUUGUUUUUGUUCGCACUUUGAUUGAACUUCAGUGCAAGUUCAAGGAGGUGACUAGAAACACAGACAAGCAUGGAAAAUUUGUGACAGGAUUGCCCUACACCUUCCCUGAGAUUUCCAGGUUCAUGUGCCUUUUUGAGAGAAGGCCUACCUAUCUGUGUGAAAAGCUCUUUUCAACUAUGCACUUUAACAAGUCAAAGUUCAGGGCCAAAAUUACUGAUGAGUAUCUUCAAGUUAUACUGAAGGUCUCAGUAGCAUCCUCACUCAUGCCAAAUGUUACUCAGCUGUGUAUGAAGAAGAGCUGCUACAUCAGUGGCAACAUGGAGUAGGAGGAUUAAAGUGAAGCCUAGUUCUUGACAACCCUUAAUGUUUUUAUUUGCUAUUAAUAAAGGUUGAGCACAUUGUAACUGUUGUACUUUAAUGAAUUUGUAAUUGCUUUUUUGUGGACUACUUGAUGCGGCCAGUCUCACUCAGACUUUACCUCUUGCGGCCCCCGGAUAAUUUGAGUUUCAGACCCUUGUACUAUGUAAACUCAUUUAUUAAAUAAAUUGACUAGUAAAAAAAAAAAGAAAAUGUUUAUUUUAAAUACAAUCACAAAUUUAUCGACUUUUUUUUCACUCAUAAAUGCCAUCUCUGUUUUUGUUUGGGAUAUCUACUGUUAUUUUUCAAAUUUUACCAGGGAGGAUGUUCAGACUGGCAGAGAUCAUGUGAUCUAUGACAUAAAGUUUGAGCAAGCCUGCAUCCUGUACAACAUCGGCAGUCUUCAUUCUCUGCUGGGUGCCCUUGACACCAGACACAAUGCUGAGGUUAUAUUUUUAAAUUGUAUAGUUUUUUUGUAAUGUCACCAACCUGGCUGUUUCUAUUUUCAAUCUGACUGUAGUAAUUUGUCCCACACAAAAGUUUCCUUUUCACUAUGAAGUUAAGAUACAGGACAAAAUAACCACACAUAAAAAGACAAGUCUUUUAAAUGUUUCACAUAAUUUCCAAAAAAUGCCCUUAUAGCUUUGGUUUAAGAAAAUGUACCAAAUAAAAUGUAUGCCUGAGAUCACCACACCGACCCAUGAUGUGUUUUUUUUAACAACUCACGGUGUCAGAAAAUAAUGUUGCUGAUGUUUAUUUUCUUUGCUUUGUUUUAAGGGGAUGAAAGUAUCUUGCACCCACUUCCAGUGUGCAGCUUGGGCAUUUGAGCUGUUGCGUAACAACUACUGCAGCACAUCCAUGAGCACAGACAUGAGCUUUGAGCUCUUAAAUUUUCACAUAUAUCUGAUGUUGGUAGGUAGCAAGGUUUAUUUUAAAAUCAUAUAAAAACAUUGUCUUCUCUUUAAAGGAUGAAAAACAGUGCUGAUAUCCAUUCAGGGAUUUAAAAAAUGAUGCCACAAUGUAUUAAAAUAAACAAAUUAAAUAUAAUAAUUAACAUUAAAUGAAGUGUAUAGUAAGGACUUAUGUGGAUAGUUGUUCACUAGUUUUGAUUCUUGGAGAAAAUUUACUGUUUUUUAAGCUGACCAUUUAGUUGCGUGAAGCAUAAAUAAGUCUCUUAAUAUUACCAGAAAAAAUGACUGUGAAUUUCAAAAAUUGAAUGUGUUAGAUAUCCUCUAAUCUCAAAACUAAUAAUUUUCUACAAACUAAGAGGCAAAUAUGGCUAUUACACAUACAAAAUAUUUCAUACAUUGUCAUAACUUAGUUUAGAUUUAAGGCUCACAAUUAAUUACUUGAGAUUCAUGAGGAAAGAAGAACAUGAAUCAUGAAUAAUAGCUUAACAAAAGCCAAGCUAAAUGAGAUCUUAACAAACUGAAUCCUUGUUAAUUUCAGAAUGUUUUAAAAGUCAUUAUGUUAUUUCAAAUUUUUUUACAAUAAACCUUGCCCCCCAGGCCCAAGCUCAGGAGUGUAUCUUGGAGAAGUCUAUGAUUGACAACAGGAAGAACAGCAUCACAGCCAAAGUGGCUGCCAAAGUUGUAGAGUUCUACAAAGACACCUGCACACUGAUCGACCAGGCAGACCAGAAACAACAGAUCAACUCCAGAAUGCACAAGGUUUUUCUCAUAGUUCUUAUACCAGUCCUUGAAUUUCAUCUUUUGUAAUGAACUAAAAAAACAUGCUUUCCUUGAGUUGAAAUAGUGACUAGUGGCCAGUUUCUUUGCUUAAAUCCAACUAACAGUAUUAAUUCUCUAAUAAAACCUUCCAAGAUUGUUCACUGUGAAUACCAUGCCUUGCAUAAUUAUUUGAAUAACAGAAGCAAUUAAGCCGUACAAUGAGAAAAUAUUAUUUGUUAACUUAUGUUAACUCAUUCCCUCCUGCAAUGCUACUUCCGUACUUAAUUAAUUUGCCAGAGAAAGGGAAGUAACUCCGUUUUGCAAUUGAUUUACAUUUGUUAAUAUUUAUUUAAGCUGCUAAAUAUUAUUUAAUGUUAAUGAAUUAAGAACAAAUGCAACAAAAAAAUGAAUAAGGUUUAAUAAAACUAUAACAUUAGUGGGGACAAAAUAGCGAACAAUGACCCAAAAAAUCGAUUUUCGGCACCUCGGAGGAACACAUGCUACAUAUAGACGCGCUGUACUAAAGCACGCAUAGUUUUAAAGUAAAACAAGAUAAAAACUUCCGGUUUUUAAAUUGAAAUCACGUUGAACCACGCCUUCGCCGGAAGUCUCGAGGGAGGUGUGCUGCUUUGCGCUGGGAUGCAUUUGGACGCAUCUGGCGAAACCCCUAAAGGACGUAUUUAGUCGCAAAUACCGGGAAUGAGUUAAUAAGUCAAUUCAAGCAUCUUCAAAGUUUGUUACUUAAUCAUUGAAAUCCACAUAAAAACGAUAAUAUUUAUCCAUGUGGUGAAAAUGAAUAUGUACAGUUUAAUACAAAAAAACCAUUUCCAUUUAUUUGAAUCAAUAAAAGAAUCUUAUCUUAUUGGUUUAAAUAGUACUGUUUUAGUUUUAUCUUGAUUUGUAUGUAAUAACUAGUUGGGUGCUAAAAGAAAACUGCAUAAUUUUACACAAAAUAUCCUAAUAUUCUUGUAUCUUGUAAAGGUGUAAUACAUUUGGCGUAUACACAAUCUGUGUGCCCUGUCUUAUAAUCUUCAUGUAAAACUGGUUGUUUCAGGAGUGGAGCAAGCGUCUGAUUAUGAAGUCUGCAUUCUAUCAAAGCAUCACCUACUACUUCCUGGGCAGGGAUGCAGAGGAGGCAGAGAAGCCUGGCGAAUGCCUGGCCUAUUACACUGCUGCCCGUGAUGAGUUGAACAAAGCUAUACAGCUAGCAAAAGUAGGAUAUAGAAUUGGCUAAACAACUUUACAACAUGAAACCAUCCCCAAAGCCAAAACUCUGCCCUGUCUAUAUUAAUAAGAAAAUAGUGCUAAGAUAUAUGUUAUAUCUUAUAUUAUUAGAUUAUAUAUUUUUAUAGAAAAAUAAUUUUAUAGUUGGCAUCUCUUAAAAAUUUAUAUCCACAUAGUGUAUAGAGAAAAAAAACAUCUUAUCUACAUGACUUUUCCCUGUUACAGUGCAAAGUAAGGUUUUUUAGCAUGGUGAAUUCAAUAACUUUGUCAAGUCAGAAGAUAUUGAUUUUACUUCGUUAAUUUAAAUGCAGGAAUCUAUUUUUACAGCUAGCAUAAUAAACAAAGGAAUUAUGUCCAAUUACAUGUAAAUUACUAUCAAAUUCACUAUCUGAGUCCAUUUUUAACCAAUAUAUAUGGAUCAGUGUAAAAAAACCCCUCAAAUUUAACAAAAUUGGGACUUUAAAUAAGCUAUUUUCAUUUUAUAGUUGCAACUACCCAGUUAUGAAAGAAAUAAACAUGCAAGGAUGAUUACUCAAAAAAAAUAUUUUUGUUGCUAUGUUAUAUGGACACCGUCUGGCGACAUGUAGAUAAAAAGAUUAAACUCGAUUGCCACCCUUUGGCAUGGUGUGGAUAUGAAGUGUUAAUUAGUUAACAUAAAAGACUAAGGGUUUCACUUACUUCCUUCUUUUUCAGCAUGAGGUGCCUGAGGUACAGGAAUGCUUACAUUUUGCCAAAGAUGUCGUCAUGGGAAAGUUAGUGCUUUUUUUUUCUUCCAUCUAAAUCUUCUCUCUCCCUCUAAAAAUAUAACACAGGACUAAAGGAUUUUGUCAUUCAAGAUACAUGUCUGAAAAUUGAAAAUUCAUUACUUAUAUUGAUUAUUCUAUUUUAUUCCUAAGUGUUUAGUAAAUGACAUACUUUGCUCAAAAGGGAUGAAAAAACAUAAAUUAAACACGUCUAAUUCAGAAGUAUACAUUUAAUACUUUUUCUGUAUUUAACUUGUGCCCAUUACAAUUAACCCAGAUAUGAGUCUGCCAAGAAAGAUAAUGACUUUGUUUACCACGCUAAAGUUCCAGCCCUUGACACUCUGCCUGAGAUUAAAGGUUUGUCCUUUGCAUUCCCUAUUUGGAAACACUAAUUGAUCUGUAUUAUAAAUCACAAGUUUAAAAUGAAAAUUUUAUCAUUCAUGACCCCCAGAAUAUUUUUUUCUCAAGAAUGUAGCUAGUCAUUUCAUAUUUUUUCAGACUACUGUAGUGAUUUUUAAUAUGUACAAUUUACCUAAACACUUCAUUAAAAAAGGGUAUAACUCAGACUUCCUCUGCAGCAUGAACCUAUUAAACAUUUAAGCAUUUAUUUUAUUAUCUCAGGGGCCUCGCUGGUCAAGGGGAUACCUUUCAACCCGACUGAUAAAGAGAUCUCUGGCCCUGACAUCUUUCAGAAACUAGUUCCAAUGGAAGCCCAUGAGGCAUCAUCGGUAUAUAGGUAACAUACUGGAUGUCAUUGAGAAACUGAAUGAUUAAUAUAUUAAUAGGAUUGCCAGACAGCACAACAUGAAUAUUUCUGGUCAAAUAUAAAAAAAAAAUUUAAAAAGUCAAUAAAUCUGGUCCCUGGUGCAUUGUUGAAACUUCACCACUGGUCGGCCUUACUUUAAAGUUUGGUUUGGGGGGGGGGGGGACACUGCUUUAUCCAUAUAAAUGCCCCUUUCCUUUCCUUAUUUUUUAACAUUUUUUUACUCUUCCCAGUUUAAUUUUUACUUUGUUGAAACUUCACCACUGGUCGGCCUUACUUUAAAGUUUGGUUUGGGGGGGGGGGGGACACUGCUAUAUCCAUAUAAAUGCCACUUUACUUUCCUUAUUUUCUAACAUUUAUUUACUCUUCCCAGAUUAACUUUUGAACUCACCAUAACUAAUAAGGUAACAAUGUUUACAAAAACUGAUACUGGCUAUCAAUGAUUUUCGGUUCCUUACAGUGAAGAAAAAGCCAAGCUGUCUCGUACUGUUGUUGGGGAAAUUGAACAGAAAAAUAUGGAAUUAGAGUAAGUUGAUAAUGUUACAGAUAAGAUGAUUUUAAUCAUGUUAGAAUACAUUAAUUUAUAUUUUAAAAGGUAUCAGACACAAUUUCUCUGUCUUGAAAUGAAUGAUGUGUGUUUCUCCGAGCAGGCAGUUCAUGUCUUCCCUUCAACUAGAUGUGGAACAGUUCAUGCCCAAGCCUGACAUCAUACCAGAGAACCUUAUGGAGAAAUGUGCUGCCAUGAGUGUCAGGACGAACGCCAUUAAAGAACUGACAGAUUCAAUGGGUGGUAUGAUAAGAAAAUUAUUAUCAGUCUAAUCAGUCUACAAUAAACUAUUACAUCAACAGUCAGCCUUUAAACAAAAUUUUGAACAUUGAUUUCAGUUGAUAAUAUAUGUAUUAUUAUUUUUAAAUUGAAUAAAUUCCAAACUAUUAGUUUUGCUAACAAUUUAAUUGAACAAAUUGACAUAUCUAUUUAUUCACCCAGUUACCUGGAGUGGGGGUGGGGAUGAGAUAUUUUAAUGCAGCCAAUUAUCAAAACACUAAAUCUUUUUUUUCAAUUAUUAAAAGGCUGAAAAGGAUAUUAAUUGUGUGAACAGACUUAUUUUCAGUAAAGUAAAGUUAAAACCUGUCUUGUGUAUUUGAAUCUUUAAAAAAAAACAAGAAAAAAAACCCACUAAUUCUUUUCAAAAUGUUACUGACUUCUAGACAUGAAUGACCCAUGUUUUUUUUUUUUUUAAUACAAAUGCAACUAUCCUGCCCCUUCCAGCUGUUUCUGGUCUUGCUACAGAAGUAGAGCUCAGCCUCACAGAGACCCAGCAGAUGAUUGACGAAGAUAAUGAGAAGACAGAACAGUUUGAGGUACACACACACACACACAUAAGUAUCUAUAUUUAUAUAUCAGAUAUUAAUGAUUUGUAAAAGUAAAUAAAUUGUCCAAAAAAAUGUCAGAGGAUCCAGUCCUCUGCCUGGGGAUCCAGUCCUCUGCAUUGUUGGCACCAUAUGGUGGUGUUAGUCAGGGCACCUCUUUCAAUAGGUCAAACUGGAAAUAUUUGAUUGAUUAUAGGACAAUAUAAUAUGUUGGAACCUGACCUAUCCAUCCCCAUAGAGCAAAAAUAUCUUUGGGGAAGGAAAGUCUCAUUUAUGAACAUCCACAUUCAGUAAAUACAGUUGUCUCUGUUUAAAUGGAAAAAAAAAUUAAUUAAAAAAACCCAUCUAUGUCAAAAAGACUUGAAUGUAAUUUUAACACACUUGAAAUUAAAUUUCUAAAAACCAUCUAUUAAAUAUGGAAACAGUAUGGCUUAACGACUUGAAUGUAAUUUUAACAUACUUGAAAUUAAACUUCUAAAAACCAUCUAUUAAAUAUGGAAACAGUAUGGCUUAACGACUUGAAUGUAAUUUUAACAUACUUGAAAUUAAACUUCUAAAAACCAUCUAUUAAAUAUAGAAACAGUAUGGCAAAAAGAAUCCAAGUUCUGUACUCCCCCGUCUGCAAGAAGAAUUGGCAGGAUUCCGUAAGCAACAUGAAGAGGGCAGCCAGCUGAACAACACAUUACACAGGGCAAUGAACACACACACCAACAACUUAAAAAUCUUGGUGAAACCUCCAUCAGAAGUCCAGUCACAUCUUCCGCCUUCUCAACCAGCUCUCUGUAAGAAUCUGUGCCGUUUUCUUAUGACAAUUCUGACAUUGUGUUUUGGUAUUAGAGCUUCUAAUGAUGACAGCGCAAGAGGAUCUGAAUACAAUUUUAAAUCUUCAUUAGCAUCUAUUUAAUUUAGGAUUUGUUAACUUACUCUUUUGUAGAUAAUGCUUCUUGAAGUUAACCUGGGGCUGCCGCAAUACAUUUAUUUACACCAUUAGCUUUUGAGUUUUCAUAUUUAGAAACAUAAUAAGAAAACUAUAUGGUAAUAUUGCCUCUGACAAGUUCAUUGAUAAACCUCGUAACAGCUUUGGAGAGAAAAAAUUUCAGAUACAAAAUGUUAUCAUAUACCUGUUUCGGGGCAAGCCAACCAUAAAUACGCCUUUAAAGUGAUAAGUCACUAUAGCUACAAUUUAAUAAAGUCUCUUUUAAUUGGUUCAAUUAAAAUAAAAUUAAAACAAAUUAAUUCAACAAAAAAUAUACUGCAUACAAAUUUAUUUUAGGUCAGGUUGAAUUUGAGAUAUAAUAAUAAAUGUUUAUAAUAAAUAUUAAAUAGUACCGGUACCAACUGUUUUUAAUAUCCGUAUCUGUUUCAGCCCCUGAAGAAGAGGUUACAGUCACUGAGGUGAGGCGACUCUUACAGAAAGUGUCUGAGAUGAAGGAGCAAAGAAAAACUUUGCUGGAGCAGUUCAGGGAGAAAAUUCACAAGGACGAUAUCACUAACGUCCUUGUCACCCAAGAAGUCUCAGAUAAGGAUGUGAGUUAGCUUUCCUUUCAGCAGAUCUGAAUGAAUAUAUAUAAAUAUAUAUAUAUAUAUAUAUAUAUAUAUAUAUAUAUAUAUAUAUAUAUAUAUAUAUAUAUAUAUAUAUAUUACUAGUAGUAGCUUUGAAGCAAAAAAUACAAAUAACAUAUUCUUGUAAUAAAUCAUUUAUUGAACAAUAUAUAUAUAUAUAUAUAUUACUAGUAGUAGCUUUGAAGCAAAAAAUACAAAUAACAUAUUCUUGUAAUAAAUCAUUUAUUGAACAUAACAUGUCAACUGUCCAAUACAUGCAGUUUAAAAUAAAAUAAUUUUUAUGCAGUAUCCUUUUAUAUUGAAUACAAGCCAUCACAAAGUCACGUUUGAUAACAUAAUUUUAAAAAUUAAUUCAACAAUUUGAUCUUAAUGUAUUGGAUCAAAACAAUCCCUGAUAAGAUCAUUAAUGACUUCCCCUGUGAUAACUAAGCAGAUAAUUUUUUACAAUUAAGAAUGCUCCAUUUUUCCUGCAUAAAUUAUUGAUGCUUUAUAUUAGAUAUUGAAAUGUCUUGCUUGCUUUCACAAAGGCCCAUUAUUGCAACUGUGAGUCCUGUGAGUUAAUUAUGAGAAUUAUGCCCAUUUUAAGAGCAAGUACUGUAUGUCUAUUAUUUAUAACAUGUGCACAUAUGCAAUGCCCUCAGGCCGUGUUCAAAGAACAGCUGAAGAAACAUGACCAGAUAGUUGGAUACAUCAAACAGAACCUCAUUGCCCAGGACAACAUCUUGAGACAUUUGACAGAUGCUAAUGCCAAGUUUGCUUUGAUAAGGCAGGCCUUCACAGAAAGUAUUGCCAGGUGGGUGGAAAAAAAACAAAAAACUUAGGACUUAACAGAUAGUUAGUUAGUUGUGUAGCAUUCUUUAACUAUCACGUUGACGGCUCUACAUUUUUUGAGUUGUUUGUUAUUUCAGUUUUAAAGAUCAUUCAGUUGGGCAAUUUUUAUCAUAUCAACCGUUGAAGGUUUUCACUUAAAUGGCAAAGUUAAAGAAUGGAUUAAAUCUGAAUAAGUACGGUUCAUAAUCUUCAAGUUAAUUAAGAGGAAGAUUAUGGCAUUGUGUCAUUUACUUGUCACAAGUAGUACUGUUUAAGAAAAUUUUUCUUCCACUAUUCCAGGAGAGAGAAAACUGUCCAUGAUUUAAUUCUAUCCUACGAAAAGUACGAAGAGCUUUUGGCCAAAUCCCAGAAGGGUGUUGAUUAUUAUAAAAAUCUCCUGGAAAAUGUGACGCGCACCUUGGAACGUUGUCAGAGUGAAUGCAAAGUGCGACAGGAGGAGAGAGACAUGCUGGUGACCAAGCUUGCUCCAAAGGGUCAGUUGUCCUCUUGUUUAUUUCAAACACAAUUGCAGUUUGGUUUAUCAUAGGAUCUAUCCUUGUUCAGCUAAUUUUUCUGAAUUAAAUUUAUUUGCUGUUGUAUUAUCCCAUUAAUUAUAGUUAAUCAGCAUAUUUUAAAAGUACAAACAUGUCCUAAGCUCCUUUACCAUUUCCUGUGUUGACUUAAUUUUGUUUGUGUAUUAUUACAGCACCAGCUCCUUCCAGGCCUUUAGCUCCCAAACCAGGAUCUGCAGAUAUGCCCUCACCUGUGAUCCCAGACAUGGGGCUGGGCGCCAAUCCAACAUUCUUACCUUCGGAUCAUGACUUAGCAUCUCUGCCUACGGCUUCUCCCCCUUCUAUCCCGUACCAGAGCAUGCCUGCAAGCUUCGAGGGCCCUAAGCUUAAAGAUUUUCUCCCCUUUAUGAAGCCGAGGAGCUUUGGUCCAAAGACCACGCCCGGUGCGCCUCAAGAAUCUAUGCCGUCGUCUCCGAGCAUUGCUCCAGCUGUGGCCCCGUACAGUUACACAGACUACAGCAGCACCCAGAACUAUCCUGGCCUAGACCCAAACCUAGCCUCGGUGUUACCAGCAACAAUUGCUCAGUAUUUAGCCUCUGUGUCUUCAGGGUCCUAUUCCAUGGCUGGAGGUGCGAGACAUACACCUUCACCCCAACACGGUUCAUCUCAUGGUUCCCCCAAUGCUUCUUACAACAACCAAAGCCCGACCAAUCAUCAAUUCCCACAGAGAAAUGAAGGCUCAAGUUCCGUGGCACCUUCUCUACCCCCAAAACAUUCCAACCCUGCACAACAGGACCCUAUGGGAUCCCAGUUUCAGGCAGGUUAUCCACAGCAGUCCCUAUCCGGAUCAUAUUUACAGUCGGGCACAGCAGCUGCUCAGAAUAUGAACACCUUGCCCCAGUUCAAUUCUGCAUCGGUUGCUCCGGCACCUAGCCAGCAGCAGCAGCAGCAAGGACACCAACAAUACGGAUACCUUUCUGGAUUAGUGCAGCCCCAGCAACAUCCCAACUCCCCAAGGAAUGAUGGCAUGAGUGUGGUGUCUGCGGCCCAUCAGCCUAUUAUCUCACCUGGAAUGGAGUCGAUGAAUCGUGGGGCCUUCCCUGAACAACUGCCAGCAGGGGAUAAAAUGCAGUCACUGCGUCAUCAGUUGCCUGGUCAGCUACCGAGCCAGCAACAAUUACCUAGUCAGCCGCAUACCCAGAAACAGUUGCCUGGUCAGCCACCUAACCCGCACCAAUUACCCGGUCAGCUACCUAGCCAGCAACAAAUGCCUGGUCAGCCGCCCAGCCAGCAACAAAUGCCUGGUCAGCCAUCUAGUCAGCAACAAGCAUCUGUAGGACAAUUGUCUCAGCAGCAGUAUGGCCCAGCUCAAACAGGUCCAGGUCAGAACAUAUUACAACAGUGGCCACAACCACAGUUUCAAAUGUCCAAUUUGCCAACUGGCUAUCCUGGUCCAAAUCAUAUUGCUCAAGGCCCAGGGGCAGGUCCUCGUGAGCAUGGUCAGUCUCAUCAAGGUAACUCUAGUUAUGGACCACAACCUCCACCUGGUCAUGCUGGUUUACAGUCCACGAACAUGCAGCCUUAUCAGUUUCAUUCACAAACAGUGCAAUAUGGUCAGCCAGGAAUGAACCCGGGUUUUAAUCCAGGCCAAGCACAUGUGUCGCAUCAUCCAGGGAGCUACACAGGGACUCCAAAUCAGCCCAUAGAAAAUGUCAAUCAAGGAUUCAAGCAACAGAUGGGUGGAGCCUUUCAACAGGGCGGCGGGGCAAGUGAUCCAAUGGUGAGACAGAGCAAUUCCCCUCAUCAAAGCCCUUCAAGAAACAUGGACCAUAUACCUGUGACAAGCGUGGGGUACCUUUAUGCCAAAAACAAGACCCAGGGCCCGUACACUGCAGAUUUUACCUACCCCAACCAGCAGUGGUACCAGCCAGGGACCACUGUUUACCUGCCCAGCCAGUAUCAGGGUGGUUACCAGCACAGCAUUGACUUGAGCUACCAGCAUGCCCAAACCUCGGGAGGUACUUUUACAUCAACAGCCUUAAUGUAUGGUCAGUCAGGCCAGCCGAUAUCCACACAGUCUAAUGGAAUCAGUAGCACCCAGACGACUUUCAGUUCACCCAGCCUAGGCCCAGUCAGUCAGCUUCAAAAUAUGGGCAGCCAGUCUCAAGGUCUAUUGCCUCCUCUUCAGAGUCUUGGACCCCAGCAGCCAUCUCAGAGCAGUAAUCAACACCAAAUGUCCCUUCAACAAGGUCAAAUUCAAAAUCAGAUGCCUCAACAACUAGGUCAGGGUCAAAAUCAGAACCAGGUGGCUCAGUUUCAAGGCCACACACCUACAGCUCAGCAACAUCCAGGUGGCUACAUGCCACUGCCAGUAGUGCAAGGUACCCUACCGCCAUCACAAGGUACUUUCCAGGCACCAGGCACUCUACAGCCAGCUCAGUCCAACUUCCAGGCACAGAUUCCACGGCAUCCACAGCCCUAUCCACCCGCUCCAGUGCAGAAUCUCUCACAGCCCCAGGUGCAGCCUCACGUGCCGCAACAGUUUGCUCAGCAACAUCCCCAAAUGAUUGGCUCCGGUCAGCCGCAGGGUGCUCAGCCUGUGGUGAUGCAACAAGCUGCAGUUCCUCCUGUACAACAGCAACUUCCCAUUGGGGUUUACGGACCACAGCCUCCAUUACCUAUUCAAGGAUCUAGUCACCCGGUAAGUUGUAAAAAUUAUGUGUAAACAGUUGUUAAAUAUGUAUAUUGUAGGGCUUGCCAUCUUGUUGUCUUUGAAAGGUGCAGCAAAAUAUGAAUCUCGUUUGAAAGAGCCGUACACAAAAAUUUGGUGGAGAAAAUUUCAGGUAAAAAAAAAAAAAAAGAAGUUUUUAAAAGUUUAAUGCCCUCAAGUGCCAUUCUGUAUAACUGCAUUGCUUAUCAUUGUACCAUUUUAUUCUGUGUAACUGCAUUAUAUAUCAUUUUACCAUUUUAUUCUGUGUAACUGCAUUGCAUAUCAUUGUACCAUUUUAUUCUGUAUAACUUAUUUGCAUAAUGGUGCUGUACCCCUACUCCCCCUAAGUCAGUUGGUGGAACUUAGACUGCCUUGUUUAGCCCCAGAGUGACCUUGUAUAUAAUCUAUAUUUAUUUAUUUAUUUAUUUAGGCAUUUUUAUAUAGCGCUUACCUUAAAGCUCUAAGCGCUUUACAAUUAUCAAAAACAUGUAAACUAACUAAAAUAAAAAUGAGACAUUAGGAUAGUAACUACUAUACUAUAGAAACAAUUAAAAUGGCUAUAAAACGAGGACACUUUGGCAUGUUUUGGCCAAUAUUACAGGAUUAACCCGAGACAGAAAAUGAGGCAGGGCAAGGAGGGUGCAUCACAGGUCAUAGGCGGACCUAAACAGAUGGGUUUUAAGGGACUUUUUAAAAGUGGACGAGGAAAGUGUUACUGCCUAUACCUUCCCCUCGACCAACCAGAACGUGGGCCCAUGGAAGUAGAAGGAGCGUUCACCGAUGGUCUUAGUUUUGGUUCUUGGGAUUGAGAGGGUUCUAUUGUCAAUGGAAGAGCGUAGUUGUCUUUUGGGGAUGUAAGGAAGCAACAGUCCAGAGAGAUAGACAGGAAAGUGAGGGUCAGUGAACGAGUUGAAGCAUAUUUCAGUCGCAUAAUUCUGUUUAGGUUAAGGUUUCUCUGUUAAUCUCAUUUUUUGUUAAAAAAUGUGUUCCUGAUAUUGCUAUUGACUUGUUUUAUAACCUGCAUCCCUUGUCUGUGAAAUUGAUUUUUUUAUAAUUUUUUUUUUUUAAACCAGAUGCCUGGCACUCCCACCCAGCCAGGUAUGCAUUCACACAUGGGACCCUUGCCUACACCUUUGCAACCUAACCAAAUGGCAAGUGCAAUGAGGCCAGGUACACCAAGUCAAGGUAGGCUACUUUUCGUUUCAUCUUUCUGUUUGUAGGGUAUCAGGGAAGUGAAGGUAGUUGAUAAGCUAAAUCAUUGCUCUGUUGACAAUGAUUACACAUACAGUUUGUCAGUCGAAAUCAACCUUGACCAUUAUAAUCAACCUAUUUGUGCUAGUUCAGGAUUUGGCUGUAGGUGCGCAGAGAGCUCAUGAGGCAGUUUCAGGCAUGAGAUGUUCUUGUGGAGUAAGUGCAGUGCAGGGUAUUGAUGGGGGCGUAUCCAUGUACCGAGCUAACCCGGCCUUUUCUGGCACAUAUUUUGUGCUCUGCAGCUGCCGUUCUGCUGGCUUCAUGUCGUGCGGAGCCUUUGUGUAAAGAGGAACUCCACGAUGCCCAAUUCUUUGCCGAUUCUUCCCAUGUGUCCAGAUUUUUAUCGAACACUUUAGGUGAGGCUUUUAGCUUGUCUUUUAAGCGUUUCUUCUGACCGCCAGCACACCGCCUUCCAUUCUUUUAUGGACAUCGGUCCUCUCCCAUUCUUACAUGUCCUGCCCAAAGGAAGCUGUGACGGCAUUAAAAUGGUAAAGAUACUCGGGGAGACCUUACUGAGCGAGUACCUCAGUGUCAGGGACCCUGUCCUGCCAUCUGGUGUUGAGUAAUUUUCAGAGGCUUGUCGUAUGAAAGUGUUUCAACUUUCUUGCAUCGCAUUGAUAGACCAUCCAUUUUUUCACAGGCAUAGAGAAGCCUUAUAUACUUUUAUUUUAGUUUGAGUGCCGAUACCUCUUCUGGUCCAUACAUUCUUAGACAUUUAGCCAGAAGUUGCACUGGCUCUUGCAACAAUAUGAAGUUUAACAUUGUCAUCGAUGGUUGCGCUUUGAGACAGUGUGCUGCCAAGGUAAGAGAAGCCAUUUACCACUUAAAGCCUUUUGACAUAUUCUUGAACGUUGGGCUCCAGACAAGGUUUUCGAGGAGCUGGAUGGUACAGGACCUAAGUCUUUUUCGUGUUAAUGUUGAGGCAAAGUUUGUGCAGGUAUUGAAAAAAUUAGCAACACUGCAUUCAGGGCACAAUCAUCAACAUACAGGAAGUCCCAGGUGAUGUCUGUAAGGACCUUGUAUUUGGCAUGUAGCCUCUUGAGGUUGAACAGUUGACCACCAUUUUGGUGUCUGAGCCUGGUUCGGUGUCUCCCUCUCUGACGUCAUCAGUCAACAUGGCGGUAAGCAUGAGGCUGAAACGUGUCGGAGCCAGAUCACAACCUUGUUUGCCGCAGGGAGUGGUUUAGAUGUCUCUAUUUUCCCCAAACCCUGUCCUGCUUGCCAUCAUGGAAUUGCGGUACCAUUGAUAUGAACUCUCUGGGUCAUCCAUACUGGCCAUGAUGUUCUUUAGACCUUAUUUACCAUCAGUGUCAAAACCCUUGGUGUGUUCAACACAAGUGGAGAAUAGGUCGACAUUCUAUUUCUUGCAUUUUUCUUGUAGCUAUCUGGCAGCAUACACCAUAUCAAUAGUUCAGCAUUCCUUAUGGAAACCACCUUGACUUUCUUGAGAUGAUUCAAAAUAUUGAUCCCAGCACUCGAUAAUAGAGUUUUCUCACCAGCGCUCAGAAGUGGGGAUGAUCCUGAUAAAGUGGGGCCGUAAACUUAUUAGUAAACCUAUUAAAUUAGUGCUCACAAGACAUAAUCUUAACCAUUGAAUAAAUAUGUUGUAUUUUGAGAACCGGUGGAUUGUAAUAAUUUACUUUAUUUCUGUCUUCAAGUACCGUCCCGGCCACAAACACCAGCGAGCCAGGUGUCCAGCAAUGCCCCCUCCACCCCAUCGUCCCCCAGUGCCAACAGAAUGACUGUGUCAAGACAGAGCUCAUCACUGGAUGAAAUCUUAUCCUCUAGUCCCAACGGUAUGGCUGGCAAACAUAUUCAAUGCGUGCAACACAGAUUUCUCAAAGCUCAGAGUUGGAGAAUCAUAAACCAAGGAUUUGCAUUUUUUUUAAAAGAAACAUAUCAAUUAAAAAAAAAAAACCCCUCCUUUAUACUCUCAUUUUUGGAAAUAAUUUUUUUCGAGGUUUACAUUUUUUCCGAGGUUUACAUUUUUCCCCAGAUUGUAUAAUCCUUUUGAUAGAAAUAAAUUAUGAAUCUGUUAAUAGUUACGAUUUUAUAAAAAUAUAUUUUUUUUGUGGUACAAGUUAACACUUAAUUUUUUAAACUUUGAUGUGUCAUGUAACUCCUACAGCUAUAAUAUGAGAGACCGUAAAAAGGUACCAUCAGUGUGGUCAAAUUGGUCAACAAUAAGUAAAUGUCCAUGGAAAAUGUAUUUGUAUUUCUUGUUUGGGGUAUUUUUAGGUACUACAUUCAGAGUAUUACAUUCAGAGUAUUAAUUCAAACUCAUUUGUGUUCAGACAUAUUCCUUUUUUUAAAAAAUGGUGCAAACAGUGUAGCAGAUCUCUUGAUUGAUUGGAUAUUUAUGUAGCGCUGGUAUCAAUGCUACUUUAGCAUGCUCACUGCGCUCUGGUUUUCUUAAAUCUAUUUAAACAAAAAAGUUUUUAAAUGUUUCUUAAAUGAUUUUUUUUAAUCAUUUUUCAAUUCCCCUCAAAGAUUCUUUCAUCACAUGUAAUUUGAUAGAUAUAGCUGAUCUCACAACUAAUAUGAUAGAUAUAGCUGACAUCACUUCUAAUUUAAUAGAUAUAACUGACCUCAAAGCUAUCUUGAUCGAUAUAGCUGACAUCACAUUAUGCUGAAUAUAUGACCUUAAAGAGAUCAAAGAUGUUCAAUUCCUCCAGGUGUCAAAGACAAAAUCAUCACCCCUCAAGUCUUGACAGAUCAGGAAAGACAACUCCAGAAGGAGGAGGCCAUAAAGAACCAGGCCUUAACUCCCAUCACAGAGCCGUACGCCAGCCCAGGGGCGCUGCACAAGCUGCUGUCUGAUGUAGAAGCUUUUGGUAAAUUUGUGGAUGAGCUCUCAGUCACCAUUCUUGGAGUAUCAAGACUGGACACAGUGUGGAAGGUAGAGCACUUGACGAAACACUGCAGUCUGUAGCAUUAAAAAAAAUACUAUGUGAACAAAUUUGACGCAAAAACCUUUUCUGCAGUGUGCCUCAUUUCCUCCUCAGUCAUAACACUACUGUAUUUGUUUCGAAAUUCUUAUCAUUUCUUCAAAAUGAUGUUAAUGCCAUAAAUCUUUUUAGGCUGUCAAUACAUAAUAAUAUGAGAUAAUUUACCUGGAAGGGAUCAUAAAAAAAACAACAAAAACAACUAAUGUAAUACUUGUUAACUCAUUGCAUUGUCUCAUUGUAGAGUCUUCUAGAUAGCCAGGAUGUUGCCAUAAAGAAGCAGUCCAUGGCAAUAGCCAGAUGUUAUCCAAUGAAGAACAGAGAUCCAGAUAUUAUGCCUUGUGAGUGGCUAAGAUAAACUAUUUCAUUCGCCUAAAGAUCUUUCUGCAAACCUUUUCUUGUAGCGCAGUUUAAAAAAAAAUUAAUUUACUUAACUAUCACUGAAUAUUUUCUGCUUGAAAAAGUUUAUUUUUAAAAAAAAUGUAUCUUUUAAAGAUGAUCUAAUUGUUUUCUAAAUAAGUUGAUCUCAUUGCUCUCUAAAUAAUCCUUUGACUUGUGCCUUUGUUGACUGCUCUGCCAAGAAGUCAUUGGAAUAAAAAAAAUAUAGUGCUCCAGUUUUUAAAUUUAAAAUGUACAUGCGUUAAUGCAAGCCAUGUGUAGAUUUUUAAAAAAUUAAUUUUAAAAAAAUAUUUUUUUUAAAGUUUGUGUUCUUGAACUAACACAAUUGAAGGGUUAAUAGGAUAACUAUUCUCAAAUCUUUUAGUGAGUAAGAAAACUGUUGUAGGAGAUCAGUUUAGUUUUUUUAAAGUUUGUGUUCUUGAACUAACACAAUUGAAGGGUUAAUAGGAUAACUAUUCUCAAAUCUUUUAGUGAGUAAGAAAACUGUUGUAGGAGAUCAGUUUAGAUGAAAAUAAGGCUUUGGCCCACCCAUUAACUGGAUGCUUUACUUUUCUUCUGUCUCUUGAACAGAUGAUGACACAAGAGUGGUCCUGGCAACAACGAAAGAUGACUACAUCAAUGCCAGUUGGCUCAAUGUAAUUUUUUAUAAUCACCUGUAUAAUAUAAUCACCAGCUCUGGUUUAUCAGUUAGAGAAGAAUAUGUUUUCUUCUGGAGAUUAAAUCAGUUUCUGUUAAUGAGAAGACAACCAUUUGUUCUUUACCCUAUACAAGUUGAAUUCAUGUAACAAUGGAUGUCAGUAGUUUCUUAAUUAUUAAUUUAAACUCCUUUGAACCUAUGCAACACAAUUUAAAGGGAGUUAGGAUGAAUCCCUUUAUCAUCAUAAAGUCAUUUAUACAUUGACUAGGAAUCCCUUUAUCCCUGUCACCAUGAAGUAUUGUAUACAUUGAUUAGAAAUCCCUUUAUCCCUUUCACCAUGAAGUCAUUUAUUCAUUGAUAAGAAAUCCCUUUAUCUCUGUCACAUGAUGUUAUUUAUACUUCACUACCAUUCAUUCAACACAGUAAUUACCUUUCUUCCUUUUUUUUUAAUCAACAGAAAAUACUUUUUAUAUUUUAAUUAAAGCAUGAAUUAUCCAGAGUACAUUUAUGCAUAAAGAGGUAGUAAAUUAAACGUGCAAUUUUUUGUUUUGUUUCAAAAAAAGGAUUUGGCACCAUCCUGUCCAAAGUUCAUCACGACCCAAGCACCAAUGACAGUGACCAUGGGAGAAUUUUGGGCAAUGGUCUACGAGCAAGGCUCUGAAGUGCUAGUCCAGAUAACCAGCGAAUAUGAGACGGGGAAGGUGAGAUACUAAUUGGGGUACAUCUGCUGAAAUAAAUAAUGCUCUCCUUAUGAACGUGUUGUCUAAUUCCUGUGCUAGAGGAGAUAUUGUUGUAUAGAAAACAUGUAUUACACUGUCAGUCUUUCUCAAUAGGAAUAUCCUGUGUUCUAAGCCUCUUGAGAAAACAAUAAGUUAACACUGUCUUUCACAACAGAAAUACCCUGUGUACUACCCACUUGAGAAAGACAAGAACAUGGAGCAGGGAAUCAUGCUGUUGUCCCUGCAGUCAGUCAAGUUCAGACAACACUGGGUCGAGAGGAUUAUCUACCUAAAAAAUUCACAGGUUAUUCAGCAAUUACAAUUAUUAUAUUUUGUUAUAGCUUUUCUCCAGUGAAAACCUUAAGCAGUUGUCCUUGGGACACACUAAAACCUCUAAACUGAAAUUCUGUGCCAAUUCAAUCAUGCCAUUAAAUAAAAUAUUGGGGGUUGAGGUGAAGACCAGCUUCCUAGCCAAAUAGUGUCAAUUAAUAUUUCGGGGUCAUUUAUUUUAUCAUGUUCUAAGGCAGGGGCCUUGAAACUUUUUUGUGGGGGGUACGACUCACUGUCCCUCAGACCCUGUUGGGGGCUGGACAAUAGUUUGGCAAAAAUAUGAUCAAAUUCCUAAGCACACCUCACUUAUCUGAUUUGUAGCCGAAACAAAAAAGGCACGAAUGAAAAAUAUUUAAAAGGAUUGACAUUUGUAAUCAACAUAAACUUAUUAGUAUUUCAUUGGAAGGUAUGGGCCUGGUUUUGGCUAAGUUAAGGGUCAUUGUCUGGGAGCUGCAUGGCCAAAUCUAGUAGUACACAGUUUGAGGACCCCUGUUCUAAAGAAUUCACACAUAUAUUUUUUUUUUAAAUGAUCAUAUUAAACUAAAAUGUUUUUCUUGUCAUUUUAAUCUUCCAGACCAAGCAGGGAAGGACUUUAGUUCACUUGCAGUUCAAAAACUGGCCAGUCAGGUAGAUACAGCAUUCCAACAAUACAUUUUGUUAAAUAUUCUUAAAUUGUGUCUCCUAUAACUGUUUUCAGGGGGUCCAGAAAAAGGAUAUUUGCAUUCAGUUGAAUGGCUUAAAACUUGAUGAAGAUCUUAUUUUUUUUUACACAUGUUAGAUGGGUGAAAGUCAUGCAAUGAUCUGUUUUGACCGUGUUUGUUGCAGUGGGUUCCCAGAUGACAUUGGGAGCAUUGCACAUUUCAUAUCUGAGGUUCACAAUUUCUACCUGCAACAACGAAGUCUUACUAAACCCAUCAUUGUUCACUGUGGGUAAGUCCAGCUCUUUUAUUUUUUAGAAUGUCAACCUUUUAAACCAGGUACUACACUGGAAGAUUUUUGGGUGCCUGAAAAAAAAAAAAAGAGUCCAAAACUGCCAAGAACUAGCUGGCUCAGUUGAUGUGAUUUGUUUUUCCGUAAUUUUUUGUAAACUUUGAGUUUCAAUUUGGCAAAACAAGCUUUUUGAAACUUUGCAACUGAAAAUCCAAACCACCGCCCCGGGUUAAAAAAAAAAAGGGACAGAAAUAAAAGCUAAAAGAAAAACAUUUUUUUUUUUUUUUCAAAAUGAAUUUUUUUGGUAAGAUAUGUGCAAUCUUUGUAAAAACUAUUCAACAUUUUUAUAUUCUUCACAAUAUUGUACAAUUCCAAUGCUUAACUGUCCACCCAUCAGUUUUGGCACAGGACGGACAGGUGUGUUCACGCUAGUCUACGCAGCCAUGCAGGAGAUCUUGCAUGGCAACGGCCUCAUUGAUGUCCCAGGCCUGGCUCGACGCAUGCUGCAGAAGAGGCGUGGCAUACUCCACAAGAAGGAGCAGCUCAAGUGCUGCUAUGAGACUGUACUUUAUUUUGCUGAGGAGUUCCUGGAAAAACGUAAGUCUAUCCCAUACCGUAAGGCUUUCCAUUUUAUUUCUGUUCUGAGUAAAUCUCUCCCCCUCAUUCCCCUCCUUUCUUUGUUCUCUCACUCUGGCCAGGUCUCUUCUGCAUGUCCUCCCGGGCCUCCCCUCUCUGUCUGUUGCCUGUCGAGGCCAUGACGGAGACUGUCAAGUAAUAUUUGAUUUUUUUGGUUUUCUCAGUGUGUGGCCAUCUCCAUUUCCUGCCAUGUGUUUGCUGCCCCAUGGGAUGCAUUCCUGAACUUUCCCAUAUGAUUUUGCCUAGAAUCACUUGGAACCAUUUUAUUUUUAGGACCUCGCACUAACAUAGGUUUAUAAAAACAUGUUUUCUGUAGGUGUCCUUCAUUUUGCCCACCCAUCCAGAAGUAGAGAGUUGACGUUUGAAUUAAAUUAUGUCAAUCUUGAAAUAUUGUCCUUAAUUUAUCAAAUAAUUAAUUAGUUUUGACCGUAAGUCCUUUUGAUAUUUAUGUGUUUCCAAAUGUUCUGUGGUAUGAGUGUAAAAUAAUACACCUUUUUUUUUUAUCUUCUCAGGUGGUAUGCUGGUUAAAGAUCCUCAUUUCUCCAAGAAGACGGUAGUUCGUAGCUCCCCAAAACAUCAGACCCACCAAGGACCAGCCGCGGAUGAUAUAGUUCUAGGAACAGUUGAUUUGCAGACCAUUCAGGAGAACGUUGGCAGACUUCGCAUCCAUACCAACAACCCAGAGCCUGAGAAAAGAGAGGUAAACAUGGAUACUAUUAACCAGAAUCUAAGCAAGAGAUCCCUGGAGAGCUUGUCAUCCAUCAGUAGCCUCCCUGAUGUCGUCCAGCAGUAUGCUGACCCCCCGAUCACUGGGCUGGGAGAAAAGUCAGGCAGCAGCAGCUGUGCAAGUAACCUGUCUAGCCUGAGCCUGCAGAAUUUUCAGUUGGACACAGGAAUGCAUGACGUGACCGGUGCAGGUUCACAGUUACAUUCCCAGAAUGAUUCAAAAUCCUGCCAUCCGAAACAGCCGGUCAUGGACAGUACUGCGUCUUUGACUGGAAACAACGGAACUGAAGAAACUCUGGGGACGGCCGGCUCCCACGCCACUUCCUUGGCUCAGCUUCAGGACCCGGCCACUUUCACCAUGGGCUCACCAGAUGCUAAGAACAGGAAUAAGAUUACCAAAGCCAACUUCAGUCAAGCUCAAGGUUCCCUAAAGAGUGGAUCAGCUGAUCCAUCCGACCCAUUUGGAAGCUUGGAUCCUCUCUGGAGCCUGGCUAAGAAAUAACUCUUUUACUGUUGAAGGUUUGACAAACCUAUAAUUUUUUCAUGUUUAAACAUUUUGUAAUAUAAAUUUUUAAAAAUUCUCAGCUCAAACCAUUGGACAUCUUAGAUAAAAAUAUCUUGAUUAGUGUUUGUGUCACAGAAAAAAAUCUUUACUCAAGAACAGAUUAAAGAAAUAAUUGACUGUCAAAAAAAAAAAAAAAUUCAGACAAGAUAAAUGUAAAUUUAUGGAGAGUUGACAGCUUGUAUGUAAUCAUUAUUAAUUCACACGCAUAUCUUUAUUUUAUAUCAGUACAAUGUAUUUACCUAUUAUUUU